AUGGCUGAUAGCUUGUCACAAUGCGUUGAUGCUUUGCAAUCAAGCGUUCGAUGUUUGGAAGAAACGGUUGUGACGUUGGGCAAGGAAUCUAGGACGAGUAACUACUUGAGCAAGAGCCUGCUGCAAUCUCGAAGAGUUUUCGAGUUGGUGCCAGAAUACGAUGUUCAGAGGGCCAAACUUGACUUGAUUGAGGAGAUUGAGCCGUUGGUGAAUAACCUGAGCAGCAAAGUGACGAAAAAUCUGUUGAAAUUGGAAAGAGAACGGGAUAAUCUGCAACAAACACUGGAACUCAACGCAUUGAAGAUAAAGAAUAGAUACAGCGGAGAAGGAGAUGGUCAGGGUGAUGGAGAUGGUGAUGAGGAUGAUGUUUUUGGCCAGAAUGCGGGUUCAGACGUGGUCAUUAUGACAUCGUCAACACCAGAGGAAUUGAAACAAUUGAAGGAAUUGAAAGCUCAAAAAGCACAACUUUUGGAGCGCAUAAGAAUUGAGAGCGCCAGAGGUCAGUUGUGA